UCCCCGCUUAUCCGCGCCGGGCCGGGCCGGGCGGGAGGCGCCGGGAAGAUGCUGCGGCGGCGGGCGCGGCCGGGCUGGGGGCUCGCGCUGCUGCUGCUGGCGCUGGCGGGGCCGGGCUGGGCGGCGGGGCCCGCGGAGCGGAGCCGGCCCUACGCCGUGCUGCGGAGACAGAACCUGGUGCUCAUGGGGAGCGUUUUCAGUAUCCUGUUAAUCACCAUGAUCCUAAUGGCAGUAUGCGUCUACAAGCCCAUUCGACGACGGUAGCAGAGCGGGAAGAAUCGGAACGGAUUGGUCACCUUGCUUGUGCAGCAACCGUAAAUCCAGCCUGAUUUGUAGUCUGAGUUCUGGCUUGUAAACCACUACGGCUGCUUAGUAAAAAGACUGUGAGAAGUUGUUGUUGUUUUUUUCCCCUCUAACAUGUAAUGUAACCAGUUGUUUCCCUUGCAGAAGCAUGCCUACAACUGCUUGGCUCCUCUCAAAGACACCAUAGCUAGAAUCUGAAAAUCUCCUCCCAGAUCUCUAGCAAUUAGUAGCUCAACAGAGGUCUAUCUCUUCAAACAUGGAUGCCUAAAGUUAGACGCUUAAAUAAAUGUGGCCUCACUCUGGCAAAUUUUAUGUCUGUGACUAAUGCUAAGCACUCAUGUUUGAAAAUGUUAGCUGUAAACUUGAGUUAAUAUUUGGCCUAACUCUGAUAGGAAAGGCUAGGAAUAUGUGAAGUAUUUUACUUUGGUAUUGCCCACAGGAAAACACUACCACUUAGACUUGCUGUAUUUCUGAAUUCUGUUCUCAAUUCCUGGGUGGGAAUAUGACAUGAGUAACCCUCAUGAUACUCCUUAAACACAGCCUCUAAGUGAUCCUAACAUGAAAACAAUGUACUGUAGAUAAUGUGGUUCAUGUGCCAUUUUUGGCAGCAAGGCUGAUUACAAUUUCAGCUGUUUCAAAUGUCAAAGUUUUCUCAAUCUAGUCUGUCAAAUACCCAGUGGACUACAGUGUGGUGGUAUCAGAAACAAAGUUAAAUGGAAAGCUUAUAACUUUUGAUUUGUUCUAAAAAUCAUAAUUUUGCAAGCAGGCAAGUGCGUUGGAUUCUGAUGUAUUGAUUGGUUUUGCAGUCUUAAGGAAUGCAACUCUCCACUCAAGCAUGAAGUCUUCUAUCAGGUUUCUAGAGUUAGUCUUAUAAAAGUCAGUCAAAAGACGAGGGCUUGAACAUGCUCUAGUCAUGAACUUGGCUUUGUAGGGCUGGCCUACGCACACAUUUGAAUUGAAAUAGAAGUAUGAAUUAAAACUGAUUUCAUUAUUUUGGGGGCAUGUUGGUUUGUUACUGACUUUAGCUGCUUUUAUUCUGAAAUAAGUGGCUACACUCAGACUUGUACCAAAAUAGCUAUGUUGGUUUUAGGAAUCCGGUCCAAGUUUUUUUGUAGACCAGACCCCAGGGCUGAACAAAUGUUCAUGUCCUUAAAUAUGUAAUAGGUUUGGGCUCAGUAGAUGAAAUGACUAACAGUGUAAACUUCAGCCCCUUAAAUAUUUCCAAGAAAGUCAGUCAUGGUUGAGUGACUGUCACUUUAAUAAGAUUGAGGGACUGUCACUUUCAAAACCUUGUGAAAAUGUUGUGUGUUUAAGUUAUGUGCAGCUCUGUUAUAUGCAUUGUACGUGAUAAGUGUUUACACUUGCAUAUAAAUGCUGCUAUUUUAUUUUGCACUAGUAUAAGUGUUUUUUAAAUAACAAACAAGAAAAAUCCAACUAAGGACUGCGUUGGUGGUGGUAAUUUAUUUUAGAAUAUUUUAAUUUCACAUGAGGAACAACUCCCUGCAUCUCUCUUCUAUUGUUUUCAACUUUCUACUGUGGCUUAUGUAAGUAACAACUGCUGGCUCCAUUUCAUUUAAAGGGAUGAUGUGACGGCUGGUGAAAGUAGUGAUGACUUUUUGCUGCUUGUCUGUAUUGUAAUAAGAUGAUGAUUGUACCCUGCAAUUCCCAGCCUUUAAGUAAAAUAUGAGCUAAAGUGAGAGUAAACUGGUGGUAAGUUUUAGUUCUUGCUGCUCCUUUUUCUGUUUUGUAUAUUGUAUCAGCCGAAUCAUCUGUCUACUCUCCGUCUGUCUUCAUUUCACCUCAGAUUACACUUUCAUCUUCGUUAGCGUGGUAGUGAGGGAAAGUCCAGCUGCACUCAAGGUUAUAGGCUUGUAGCUACAAGCCUAUAACCUUAUCUGCUUGCUUGGAGUGAUAUUCUUGUUUACAUUCCCCACUCCUAGCUACCUCCCUUAUUGUACAAAUAAAAAGCUAACCCAA